GGGACGAGAGCAUGGAAUGCAGAAGUGACCACUUUUUCCAUAUCUUUUCUUAUAGCGUGGAGAAACACAACAGAACCUUCCAAGCCCAGUGGUGUUUCUUACUAUGGAAGUGUUGUCAUCUUCUGCGAUUAUUGUUUUCUUUCUUUCUGCUUUUAUUAUUUUAUGUACCACAGAAGCUCUCGUAAAGCUACCGAGGAACGAAACAAUUCCGGCAGUGCUAGUUUUCGGAGAUUCGAUCGUGGAUCCGGGCAAUAACAACAAUCUUAUUACUGUGGUUAAGUGCAAUUUUCCACCGUAUGGGAGGGACUUUAUGGGAGGAUUUCCAACUGGAAGAUUUAGCAAUGGCAAAAUUCCGCCUGACUUCAUUGCUGAAGAAUUGGGAAUCAAAGAGCUACUGCCACCAUAUUCUAACCCGGCUCUUCAACUUAGUGAUCUACUGACCGGAGUGAGCUUCGCCUCAAGUGGCUCGGGAUACGAUCCUAUGACACCUAAGCUUGCGUCAGUUUUAUCUCUGCGGGAUCAAUUAGAAAUGUUCAAAGAAUACAUAAGAAAGUUGAAAAUGAUGGUUGGAGAAGAGAGAACAAACACCAUUUUAAGCAAAAGCCUAUUUCUAGUGGUAGCAGGCAGUGAUGACAUUGCCAAUUCAUACUUUGUCAGCGGUGUUCGGAAAAUCCAGUAUGAUGUUCCGGCUUACACUGAUCUCAUGAUCGCCUCGGCUUCUUCUUUCUUCAAGGAAUUGUAUGGAUUGGGGGCGCGAAGAAUAGUUGUUGGCAGUGCACCUCCAUUGGGGUGUCUGCCAUCACAGAGAAGCUUAGCAGGAGGGAUACUAAGAGAGUGUGCCGAGGAUCACAACGACGCAGCGAAACUGUUCAAUACUAAGCUCUCAUCUCAAUUGGAUUCUCUCAACGCCAAUUUUCCCCAGGCAAAGUUUGUCUACAUUGAUAUUUACAAUCCCUUUCUUGAUCUCAUCCAAAACCCUCAAAAAUCAGGGUUUGAAGUGGUGGAUAAGGGUUGCUGUGGCACAGGGAAAAUAGAGGUGGCAGUACUAUGUAACCCAUUUAGUCCAUUUACCUGUGAAGACGCGUCAAAUUAUGUAUUUUGGGACAGUUAUCAUCCUACAGAAAAAGCAUACAAGGUUCUAAUUGGUGAAAUCAUCCAGAAAUAUCAUUUUUCAACGUCGUCUUCUUCGAUUAUUGUUUUCUUUCUUUCUGUUUUUAUUAUUUUAUGUACCACAGAAGCUCUCGUAAAGCUACCGAGGAACGAAACAGUUCCAGCAGUGCUAGUUUUCGGAGAUUCGAUAGUGGAUCCGGGCAAUAACAACAAUCUUAAUACUCUGGUUAAGUCCAAUUUUCCACCGUAUGGGAGGGACUUAAUGGGAGGAGUUCCAACUGGAAGAUUUAGCAAUGGAAAAAUUCCGUCUGACUUCAUUGCCGAAGCAUUGGGAAUCAAAGAGCUAGUGCCACCAUAUUCUAACGCGGCUCUUCAACUUGGUGAUCUCCUGACCGGAGUGAGCUUCGCCUCAAGUGGCUCAGGAUUUGAUCCUAUGACACCUAAGCUUGCGUCAGUUUUAUCUCUGCGGGAUCAAUUAGAAAUGUUCAAAGAAUACAUAAGAAAGUUGAAAAGGAUGGUUGGAGUAGAAAGAACAAACACCAUUUUAAGCAAAAGCCUAUUUCUAGUGGUAGCAGGCAGUGAUGACAUUGCCAAUUCAUACUUUGAUAGCCGUGUUCAGAAAUUCCAGUAUGAUGUUCCGGCUUACACUGAUCUUAUGGUCACCUCGGCUGCUUCUUUCUUGAAGGAAUUGUAUGGAUUGGGGGCACGCAGAACAGUUGUUACUAGUGCACCUCCAUUGGGGUGUCUGCCAUCACAGAGAAGCUUAGCAGGAGGGACACAAAGAGAGUGUGCUGAGGGUCACAACGAAGCAGCGAAGCUGUUUAAUUUUAAGCUCUCAUCUCGAUUGGAUUCUCUCAACGCCAAUUUUCCCCAGGCAAAGUUUGUCUACGUUGAUAUUUACAAACCCUUACUUGAUCUCAUCCAAAACCCUCAAAAAUCAGGGUUUGAAGUGGUGGAUAAAGGUUGCUGUGGCUCAGGGACAAUAGAGGUGGCAGUGCUAUGUAACCAAUUAAGUCCAUUCACUUGCGAAGACGCGUCAACUUAUGUAUUUUGGGACAGUUAUCAUCCUACAGAAAGAGCAUACAAGGUUAUAAUUGAUGAGAUCAUCCAGAAAUGCGUGGACAGCUUGAUCUGAUCAAACUGGUCCACUUCCUGAUAUCUCUUCAAUCUCCAACCCAUAUAUGGCAAGCUGCACUGCCUUUUGUUAUUUGUAAUGGUGAAAGUGAAAAUCUUCCUUCUUGGUUUUGUGAUCACAGUUAAAAGAGCUACAAUGGUUGUAAUGUCAUAGCUUUCUGAUUCCAGUAUAUUAAAAUGUGCAAACACAGAAUCCAUGAUAACUCAAUUAUCAUGUAGAGUGAUUUAAGUUCCACUCACCUUCAUCUUCUUCUGCUCAAGACAUAUGAUAUCAUAUGCAGUUCUACAUCCUGGAACUGUCUUGCUUUUCUUGGGAUUCUUCUUCUUCUUUGUUAUGUCUUGUCUCUCUCUUUUGUUAAACCUGCUUGGUGUAAUGGAAAGUUUUCCUCUGAAUUGCACAAUACCUAUAUAUUUCAGCAUGGAAGGUUUGGAUGUA